AUGUAUGUAGAUAACAUCAAAAUCUGGCGUACAAUCAAGGAUCCGAAUGAUCAAAAGUCUCUUCAAGCGGAUUUGAACAACCGGGGUCAGUGGGCGUAUACCUGGGCUAUCCCAGUGAACACCGCAAAGUAUGCUCACCUGCACUUCGGGCGUGCUGACUCAGACGUAGUCUACAACUUCCAGGGAACCACAUUGCGCAGAACAUCGUGCGAACGAGACCUGGGUGUUAUAGUUACGUCAUCACUAAACAUCCGAGAAAACACCCAUCGGGUCUGUGCUAGCACAUGGAGCAUUCUGGGGCAUAUUCGGGUUUUUUUCAGCCAGUUCACGAUGGACGCUUUCAGGCCGCUGUACUCUUCCAAUGUCAGACCAAGACUUGAGUAUGGUGGUGCGGCGACAUACCCAUGCAUGGCCGAUGAACUGGCUAAGUUGGAGUGUGUACAACGUGCCGCCACCAGACUGAUUGUUGGACUACGCGGGACCAGGUAUGAAGGUCGUCUAGAGGCUACUGGUCUGUUGCCAGUUGCGUAUUGGCGCCUCAGGAGAAAUCCCCUCUGUCUGACGAAGAACCUGAGAGGCGAUAUAGGCCCGGAGCUACGACAAUACUUCCAUUUGCGGACAGAAGACCGCACGCGGUGGCACCCUUUCACGUUGCGGGAACUUCAGUCCGUUGGUAUUCUGUUAGUUAACCAACUCUCGUGGAUGUCAACAACACUAUGGAAUUCCCUUCCAGCGACCGCAAUGGAUAAGACAGACGCUGCUUUCAAACGGCGCGCUAUUUGCCGGCUAACAUGA